UUAUUUUGGCAGCCGAGUUACAUUUCACAAAUCAGAAUUGCGAAAAUGUGCGUGCGUGUUAAAAAUGACUUAUGUGGUGCAAACGAGCUUCGAUGGCUCUUUCAGCCUAAAUCAGCACACCCAGAUAUGAAACCUGAUCGAUUUAUGCCCUUUUUUAAGCUUACGUUGACGAAUCGGAAUCAACUAAGUCUAUUUGAGCACUGACCCUUAUCACCGGCGACAGGAACGCAACACUAAGGCUUUACUGGACUUUCACCUCUAAUGAAACCCAGUCACCCAAUGCUUACUAGAAGCACAUGAAACAGACUAAUUAGUUGGCUUUGUGAUUUAAAAUGAUCCCCAAUGGACUUAACUCUGAUUGCUAUGAGAGCUGGACGAGAAGGGCUCAAAAUACAGCACCUUCUGCUCGGAUAUCACACUGAAAUACCGCACGAAUGAUGGAUUACAAGCGGUUUGAGUCGUUAUGAAUCGCACAGUUCAAUCCCGGAGGCAGCGGUCGGGUCUAUUGAGUGGAAACACUUACUUCCUGAAGUCUGGACAGGAUGAAGACAAGAAAGGCUGUGUUUUCGAGCUCAGCAGGUGGAGAGGCCUUCGUUAUACUUUCCAGAGGAAAAGGGUGUCCGCGAAGCAGCGCGAUAUGGAUGAUAUAGAGGCCGUGAUCGAUAUCGCAGAGGAGCAUGAGAGCGUUAAUCACGAACCCAUGAGAUCGGCCGUGCUUCUUCACCGGACUCUUCCAGACGACAGAGGUUUGCUCACGUCGGUGGGUUUCGUCAAGUCCAACAGACGUUGUCUCAGUCGGGUCAGAGAAGCGAUGCUGAGGCACAACUGGCGGGAGGCCGCGGGAUAUUUCAACUCUUACAUUCAGACGCUGCAGGCUGGGACUCUUCCUCAAGUCCGUUCAGCGGCUUCUGAGGUCGUGUGGCGUAUAGGCACCGAAAUCCUGCAGCAUCUCCCCAACUCCGGCCCAGACGAUUUCAACGCUCUUUACGAACAACUGAAGAACGUCGGCGUCAAAAACUACUCCAAGAUCUGUUUGGAGCACUGCUUUCAUCUCCUGCUGAACAAGCAGUUGGACGGAGCCAAGCGGCAGCUGACCGUCGCCGACAGCUGGAGACACGGCAAGCAGUCGGCGGCUCAGUCCCUCAUGAAGACGCUGAUCCGAGGCUACUGCGGUUAUCUGGACUACCUGAUCUGGUGCCGGAAGAGGCCCUCUGCGCCCGGGGGAGUCACUGAAGAAGCCGGUGGCAACCAUGAGAUGCACAGCUACUUCAGACAGGCUUCUGUGACGCUGAAGGAGAUCGUCGGUCAGCCUGGAAUCUGGGACCCCUUCGUCUUGAGCUACAUUGAUAUGCUGGAGUUUUACGAGGAUGAUGAGGCUGCUUUUGGGGUUCUGGAGAACUACGCUUACAACAAAGACUUCCCGUUGAACCCCAACGCUCACGUGUAUCUGUAUCAGUUCGUCAAGAGACACAAAGCCCCGAGGUCCAAACUCGUCGGCUUGUUAAGGAUUCUUCACUCUAUCGUCCCGAGUCACGAGCUGAUGCUGGAGCUCUGCUCACUGCUGCUGAAGUCCAAGAAAAAGAAGAAUCAAGUGGAAGCUCUCACCGUUUCCAUGGACCUGCUGGAGUUUUCUAGCUGGAAAUGUAACAUGAAGGCUUGGAGGUGUCUUCUGAAGAUAAUGAUCAAAUUAAAACAAAAGUACGAGAAAGCUGUGAGGAAGGAGUGGGCCGUCAGGAGAUCGCUCUGGCUUUCCUUACACUACAGAGAGUACACGGCCUGGAGAGACUCGCUGCACAACGCCAGCCUCCUGGUUAUCAAGAGAGACGUCUUGAGGCUCGCCGGGGAAGGCAACAUACAGUACUUCAAAAUUGCUCUGAGUUGUGAGCGAGAGGAAGCUCUUCGGGGAGGAGAGAGGAUGGAGAGAGAGAAAAGGAAAAGAAAAAGGCGGCUCUAGGUUACGAGGAGGAUGUGGAGGGUUUGAGAUGUUGUUCGGUGGAGGGACCGGCAGGGGGCGCUGCGAGACCCGCGCUUUCCACGAAACACAGAGGAACCUGAAAACACGGGCAGCUGAGGAGGAGAUGAUGAUGAUAGAGGAGUUUCUCUCGGGCUUACAGAAAGAAGUGAAAAACAAUAUCUCUCUCUCUCUAGUCAACGUCUGAAGUGGAUCAAAACCUUUCAACAAAGUUAAAAUAAAUGACUUCUGGGCAUGGGGCAUCUGUUUAUAUUUAAAAAAUAUUAUAAUUGAUUGAGAGAC